UCCAUCGAAGCGAUAGACAUCCAUCUGGCUACAAUGAAGAGUUUCAUCAGUAUUCUGCUUUUGCUGAGUGCCCUAGUGGCCGCAUCCUUGGCCCUGUCCAUUAACAUGCUCGAGAUCCAUAACCAGGAGCAGCUUUUGGGAAGUGCAGCUGGAGCUGGGAAGACACGCGAGACAUUCAUGGAUCCCAAUGGGAUGGCCAAGGGCAAGGCUGGACCUGAGGAGGAGAAGAAUGCCCAGUUUUGGUACGACCUGGCCCACGAAGAGAUUGCCAAGCGUCUGGCGCUGCCGCAGGUCGACAAGCGGAAGGCCAAGAAUGUAAUCAUGUUCCUUGGUGACGGCAUGUCCCUGACCACGGUGGCUGCUGCUCGCAUCCACAAGGGUCAGCUCAAGGGCAAUCCCGGCGAGGAGGACUCCCUCAGCUUCGAGAAGUUCCCCCACUCCGGCCUGAGCAGGACCUACUGCUCGAACGCGCAGGUUCCAGACUCUGCCUGCACGGCCACCGCUUACUUGUGCGGCGUCAAGACCAAUAUCGUGGCUCUGGGCGUUACCUCAGCGGUGAACUUUAACAACUGCAGCGGCAGCGAGGAUCCAGCGAACCAAAUUAGCUCCAUUGCUGCCUGGGCACAGGCGGCUGGAAAAGGCAGCGGCAUUGUGACCACCACCACCCUGACUCACGCCAGUCCCUCGGGCGCCUACGCCCACACCACGAACCGCUUCUUCGAGGCCGACACGGACAUCAUUACCUAUGGCGAGGGCAAGAGCGAUCCCGCGACCUGCACAGACAUCGCCACGCAGCUGAUCACACAGAAUCCGGGCAAGAACUUCGACGUGAUGCUGGGCGGAGGUGUCGGAAAGUUCCUGCCCAAGACGAUUACGGAUCCCUUCAACAAGCAGGGCGAACGAUCGGACGGUGUGAAUCUGCUCUCCAAGUGGCAGGCCCUCCAUCCCGGCGGCGUGCUGGCCUACAAUCGUGACCAGCUGCUCAAGGUGAAUGCCUCAGGCAUCAGCAGCCUCAUCGGAACCUUCAGCUCGGGUGUGAUGAACUUCCACAAGCUGGCCGAUGCCGCCAAGGAGCCCACCCUGGCGGAGAUGACGCGCAAGGCCAUCGAGGUGGUCAGCAAGAAGAAGAAUGGCUACUUCCUGUUUAUCGAGGGAGGACUCAUCGACUACGGCAACCACUACAACGUGCCCGCCUACGCGCUGGACGAGACUCUGGAGCUGUCCAAGGCCGUGGAGGAGGCACUCGCCAUGACGGAUCCCGAGGAGACACUAAUCGUGGUCACCUCCGACCACGCACAUCCCCUCACCAUCGCCGGCUAUCCGGGUCGCGGCACACCCAUCCUUGGCCUCAACCAGCACGACGCCGAUGUGAAUGGCGUGAAGUAUGCCACCCUUAACUAUGCCGUGGGCAUUGAGCAGUAUCUGGACGACAAGGGCAACCGCAUCGACCUCACCGAUCUGAUCGAUCAGCCCACCUUCAUGGCACCCAGCUACAUCAAGGGCCAUAUCGGCGUUCAUGCCGGCGAGGAUGUGGGCAUCUUUGCCACCGGCCCCCAGAGUCAUCUCUUCAGCGGCGUCAUGCAGCAGAGCACCAUUCCCCACCUGAUGGCCUAUGCCUCCUGCAUUGGCGAUGGUCCCACUCUCUGCGACAACUAAUCCUAGAGGUUCUCCAAAUUUAAAUAUAAUAAACUGCACUCUUGAAAACA